UUCAUCGGCAGCAUCCAAAUAUAUCCGCCAAGUCACUAAAAGGGUAGGGAUCCCCUUAGCACGGAACGAACUGGCAAGCUCAUUACGCGUCUUUCCCAUUUUUUUCAUACGCGUCUCUCAUACAAACACUUUCCUUUUCACUGCUCUACUUCCAAAUUUAAGUGUAGAACACAAAUUUUUUCAUUCAUUCAUAAAAACACCUUCUUCUUCACUGCUCUACUUCCAAAUUCAAGUAGAACACAAAUUUACAGUGGAAGCUUGUUAAACUAGGCAUCAAUGGGUUUUCACAAAUUGUCAUUAAAACGUUCCCAAUCAUCUCAAUCACCAUUACCAGUAGCAAAAAAACCUAAAACAAUUUUUUCAUAUUUUCCUACUUGUGCUUCUGCUGAUGUUCGAAAUUGCCAACUGAAUGCAAAUCAGAGAGUAGUGAAGGAACUUGAAAGGUUAAAGAUGAAGAUUGAUGAAGAAAGGAAUGAAAAAGAUAAAGUUGUUAAGGAUUUGGAAAUUAAAAUCUCUGAAUUGAAGAAGAAAAUGUGUGAAGAACCAAAGCAGAAAACAAUCAAUUCACCUCUGCCACCACCACAACCACCACCACCUACAAUGAUUAAAAGCACUUCUUUUCCAGCUCCACCACCACUACCUCCUCCAAUGGGUAAAAAACCUCCACCCCCACCCCCACCUCCACUUCCAAUGGCUAAAGUCAAGUAUCAGGCACCACCACCUCCUCUAUUGGCGCCUCCUCCUCCACCACCGCCUCCAUUAGCUAGAAAUAAGCUGCCUUUUCCUCCACAGCCACCAUUGCUUUCAAUUGGUCUUAGAAGAGUACCGGAAGUGAUUCAACUCUACAAUUCAUUAAUGAGGAGAAAGGAUUCAGUGAAAAAAUCUGGUGGUUUAGAUAUUGCACCUACUAAUACUCGCCAGAUGAUUGGAGAAAUUGAAAAUAAGUCAUCUCAUUUACUUGCUAUCAAAUGUGAUGUUGCAAACCGUGGAGAUUUCAUAAGAAAUCUGAUAAAACAAGUUGAAAAUGCAGAUUUCGCCAAAAUUGAGGAUGUGGUUGCUUUUGUGAAAUGGCUUGAUGAUGAGCUCUCAACCUUGGUGGAUGAAACAGCUGUUCUGAAACACUUUGAAUGGCCUGAGAAAAAAGAAGAUGCAUUAAGAGAAGCUGCAUUUGCAUACUGUGAUCUUAAAAAGAUGCUUGAAUUAGAAGCUUCAAAUUUCAUUGAUGAUAUUGGACUACCUUGUGCAGCUGCCUUGAAGAAGAUGCAAACUUCAUUCGAGAAAUUAGAAAAUGGAGCUUACAAUUUGUCAAGAAUGAGAGAAUCUUCAACUAAUAGGUAUAAAGGUUUCCAUAUUCCCACUGACUGGAUGCUUGAAACAGGAAUUUUACGUCAGAUCAAGCUUGCAUCAGUUAAGUUAGCAACAAAGUUCAUGAAUACAGUUUCAAGAGAGCUGAAAGCCGCUGGUGGUGCUCCUGACUUCGAAGAACUGAUGCUCCAAGGGGUAAAGUUUGCUUUCCGUGUACAUCAAUUUGCAGGGGGGUUUGAUGCAGAAACGACGAGUGCAUUUCAGGAGCUACGAGGCAUAUCGAAAUGAUCCACGCCAUAUCCUCUUGUAAAGAUAUGAGUAAACAACACGUUUAUUGAUUUAUGUAGUAUUAGCAUCAAGUUUAUAUUUAAAUGUUACAGCCCGUUCAGUUGGGAGAAUUAGAAUCCUAGGAAUUCAAUUAUGGGGUAAUCCAAUUCUUGGAAUUGGAUUCCAAUCCAAAAAAUUUAUGUUCGGUUGAGGUAAUUCAAUUACCUUUGUUUUUACCCCGGAAUCCAAUUCCAUUGAUCAUUGGACCAAUGCAAUGGAAAUCUAUCAUUUUGGAGCGAAUUGGAUUCCUAGGAAUUAAAAUUCCCAAUUCCUUGAAACGAACGGGCUGUAGUAUUUUGUAGCUGUUAAACUGGAGAAGUUAAAUUCUUAUAUCAAUGAAGCAACGGCUUAUAUUCAUGACUGAACUACAAAAAUGUACAUCAACACAAUCCAACCAAUGGAUGUUUAUAUGUAUAUUCAUUUAGUUUUGUUUCA